GCCAGAGCACUGCCAGAGCGAGCGCUGCGGGGCGGGACGGCCCAUUGUGAUGGCUCCGAGCGAUGCACUGUGAGAGCCUGGAGCGACGGAUUGUGACUGCGUGGCCCUCGCUGCUCAUAUGCGGGCGCAGAGUCCCACCGCGCCGGCUAGUGCCCGCACUCCAGCUGAGCGUUUACGCGAGGUCUGGAGUGAGGAGCAAGGUUGGCCUUGGUGCUGGUGUCGUGCUCUGGGAGUUGCUGCAGCAGCUCUCAGUGCCCUUCCCAGAGCCAUCGGAGAUCCUUCCGCGGCCCUGCCUCGUUCGGGCCGUCGGGAGACCCAGGAGGAGCGCUCGCAGCAGCAGAGCGUGACACCUGCUGCUGCAGCGCCGGUGAGAGGGAGCGGCUCGUCAUCGCCAGUUCUCCCCAGCUCACCUCAGCAGGCGGAGAGCAUGGCCACGGUGCUGGACACCCGCUGUCCCAUCUGUCUGGACAGCUGGCUGAACCCCAGCUAUGUGAUGCCAUGCCUCCACCGCUUCUGCUUUGCCUGCAUCCGGCAGUGGGCUGAGAGCAAGCCCGAGUGCCCCCUGUGCAAGCAGAGGGUGCGCUCCAUUGUACAUUCAGUGACGGCAGACAACGGCUUUGAGGAGCUUGUCACUACACCGCCUGCAGGGACAUCAGUCAUGGCCCAGCAGCCAGGGAGAGCGCCUGGACACCAUGCCUUCCGACCACAGGCAGCUGGACCAGUGCAAAGGGAUCCUGAGGGAGACACGGAUAUACUGGAGAGAGUGCAGCAAAGGGCCACAGAGGUGGCAAAGGGCCUGGAGCACCUCUCCCGCAAAGAAGAGCUGGGAGAGCUGGAACUGUCCAGCCUGGAGAAGGGAAGGCUCAGGGAGGACCUCACCAGCGUGUAG